AUGGGCCCGGCCCAGCCUUUCUGGGAAAAGCAGCUUGGGGACGAGCAGCAGUGGGGCAAGGGUGGGAAAACACCCUUCAACGACGAGAAAAGCAGGAGAUUUGCUGGUUCGCACCCAAAUGUCCCCAUUCGGUUGGGAGCCGAGCAUGGGAACAGCCCAGGGGUGGUUCGAGGACCAGCAACCAACAUCCAGCCCAGAGGAAGCCACCUCAGUCACCUCCUGCUGCUGGAGAGGCCAAACCCUGCUCAGGACCAAGCAGCGAUGGAGGAGCAGCCGCUUGCUGCAGCCACGGAGCGUUUGGGGAGACCCAUUGAGGUCUAUGAGGAGAGGCUCCAGUCUCACCUGCGAGCUCUAAGGAAGGUGCUGGCGGAGCUUCUGGACUGGAGAAUGAGUGAAGAGAAGCAGCGCACGGAUUACCUGGCGAGGAGCGAGGCCGAGCGGGGCCGCAUCAGGGCUGAGUUCGAGCGGCUGCGGCGGCUGCUGGUGGAGAAGGAGAGCGCGGCACUGGCCCGGCUGGCAGAGCUCGACGCUGCCUUUGAAGCUGCUCAGGAGGAGAAGUCGUCACGGGUGGCUGAGGGCAUCGCACGGCUCCAUGUGCUCAUCGGGCAGCUGGAGGCCAAGCGCCUGCCUCAGGACAUCGGGAGCAUCCUAAACAGGUACGUGGCACCUUCCCCGCACCUUUGUGACCCUGUUGAACAUCCAGCUCCAUCGUGCCUCUUCCCAGCUGGAAUGAAAUGAAGCUUCAGCUCCCAUCCGGGCUCCCCACUGAACUGGAGAAGAGCCUGAGCUCCUGCCGGCACCAGCGGGAUGCUCUCCGGGAGGCCCUGAAGGAGCUCAGAGACAAGGGGAAAUCUGAACCAAACCCAGGACCUGGGAUCUUUCCCAGCAGAGAGAAAAAAGGUGACAUGACUCUUCAUGCCCCUUUCUUCCUGCCCCUACAACGGCCUCACCCUCGCACUGACCCACAUGGUUUUCCCUGCAGCAAAAGCAACUGCAGAUCCCAGCUGGGCUCCUCUCCCGCAGCUCCUGGCGGACAGGAAGACUGUGCGGUGGGAUGAG